GUACGUAUUCUUGCCUGUUUCACAGUGGUGUAACUUGCUAGCGUAUAUAAAACCGAAACAUCUGAGCUUUUUAGAUUUUUUUUUUGUAUAUUACCUUUAGCGAUUUUGAACUCACUGUCUGCAUAUUUACUAGUUACUCCAUUUCAUGUAAUAUUUACAUUGUUAGUUAGUACUGGUUAAGAUAGCCUUGAACUAGGCUAUUCGCUAAUGCUAACCAGCUAACGUUAGCUACAUCCCCGAACAUGACGAGCUACUCGCCCCCUGCUAGUGAAGAGGUCUGCUGGAUGGAGAAAGAAGCUCUGGGUCUGAACAUUGUCGUGAAAGAAGAAGAGAAGAAUAUUACAGCGAAAGGAGAGGAAGGGGCAAUUACUAUCACAGUGAAAGAAGAGGAAAAAGUAGCUUUCGGGAUAAAAGAGGAGGAGGAUGUUACAGGGAAAGAAGAUGAUGCCGUUUUUGGAGUGAAAGAGGAGGAGGAGGAGAUGACCGUCACAGUGAUAGGAGUGGAAGAAGCUUUCAGGGUGAAAGAGGAGGAUGUUUCAGUGAAAGAAGAUAAUGCCGUUUUUGGAGUGAAAAAGGAGGAGGAGGAGGAGAUGACCGUCACAGUGAUAGGAGUGGAAGAAGCUUUCAGGGUGAAAGAGGAGGAUGUUUCAGUGAAAGAAGAAAAGGACGUUUUUGGAAUGAAAGGGGAGAUUGAGGAAUUAAAGGAAGAGGGGAAGACUGUCACAGCUAAAGAGGAGGAUGAAUUAAAAGAGGAGACAACAUUUCUGAUUAACACCAGACAGAGACCAGACUCUUGCUCUGACAGCGGGAAUAAUCCUUCAGGGGAACCAGACCAAGAGAAGCCCAAACCAGCAAGACCACAUCACUGCUCCCACUGCGGAAAGGGUUUUAGGUGGUUAGGAAAGCUGAAAGACCAUGAAAGAAUCCACACUGGAGAGAAGCCUUACCAUUGCUCUCAGUGUGAAAAAAGUUUUAUCCGGUUAUGGGACCGGAAUAUGCAUGAGAGGACACACACAGGAGAGAAGCCUUACCAAUGCUCAAAGUGUGUAAAAUGUUUUGCUCAGUUGAGGGGCCUGAAAAUGCAUGAACGGAUACAUACAGGGGAGAAGCCUUAUCACUGCUCCCAGUGCGAAAAUAGAUUUUUUUCAUCAGCGGGCCUGAAAAAACAUGAGUGGACACACACAGGAACAAAACCUUACCUCUGCUCCCAGUGUGGAAAAGAUUUUAUCCAUGCAGGUCAACUGAAAGAUCAUGAGAAAAUACACACAGGAGAAAAGCCAUACCACUGCUCUCAAUGUGGAAAGAGAUUCAUCAAUGUAUGGAACCUGAAAAAGCAUGUAAUAAUACAUACAGGAGAGAAGCCCUACCACUGCUCCCAGUGUGAAAAGAGUUAUACCCAAUCAGGGGACCUUAAAUCACAUGAGAGGACACACACAGGAGAAAGGCCUUACCACUGUUCCCAGUGUGGUAAGAGCUUUACCCGGUUAAGGCAACUCAAAGAACACAAGAAUAAACACACAGGGGAGAAGCCACACCAGUGCUUUCAAUGUGGAAAGACUUUUACCCGAUUAGGGCAACUGAAAGAACAUAAAAUGAUACAUACAGGAGACAAGCCUUUCCAAUGCUCCCAGUGUGGAAGGAGUUUCAUCCAGUUAAAGACCCUGAAAAAUCAUGAGCGAACACACACAGGAGAGAAGCCUUACCACUGCUCCCAGUGUGGAAAGAGUUUUACUAAGUUAGGGAACCUGAAAGUACAUAAGAGAAUACACACAGGAGAGAAGCCAUUCCAAUGCUCCCAGUGUGGAAAGAGUUUCACCCAGUUAGGGGACCUGAAAAGGCAUAAAAUAAUACACACAAGAUAAUCCUUACCUCUUCUCCCAGUGUUGAAAUUGAUAUUUCACAUCACACAGACUUAAAGUCAAUCAAUGAACAAAUGCAGUGCUCCCAUUGUCUUCUUUCUUUUUUCUGAGAAUGUAUUUUUUUUUAUGCCACAUGAAAUCGAAUUGAAUACACUGAUUUAUACAAAACAUUAAGAACACCUGCUCAUUCAAUGACAAAGACUGACCAGGUGAAAGCUAUGAGGAGACAUGUUAAAUAAGGAUUUUUAAGCCUUGAGACAAUUGAGACAUGAGCUGUGUUCGAAUACCCAUACUAAACAUACUGUAUAGUACAUACUUAAUGAGUGUAUAUACUACAUACUAUAUACUAUUCAUUUUAGUAUACUGUAAACGAAUGGUAUCCUUUCAGUUGAGUGUACUAGCACUACGCCUGUCUACCAGAAGUUGACACUGUUGCUAUGCAACCUCUUGCCUGCUUGUUAGCAAUACAAAUUACUAGCUAGACACUUUGGUGUGUUCGCAAAUUCAAUCUGGAGUGCCAGAGUGCGCUUUGGGCGUUCGUAAAUUCAGAGCGUUGCAAGAUUGUCCGUUUUAUAAAUUCAGAGUGUUUCCCUCUUGGAGCGUUCAGAGCGCUCAGGCUGAGGAGUAGGGGUUGAUCCCAGUGUUCUGACCGUCACAACAGUGGUCAAGCACACAAGCUAACUGGCUAGCUACUUCCAGACAUAAAUGAGAGAACAUCUCACUCUGACCAUUUUACUCGCCCUAGCAGAGCUGGUUAGGCUGUUUUCAUGUUAUCCAGAGCGUAGGUGACUAAAUGUGCUGCUGGCAACAAUUUAAUUACGGUUUUUUUCCCAGACGUUUACUGACACCAGCCAUUUCAACGGUUGUUGAGCGUUUGUAAAUUCAUCAGUUAUUCUGCACUCUGGCACACUCAGACGAGAGUGCUCUGAAAUCGGAGUCGAUAGCCAGAGUGAAUUUAUGUCCAUUGAGUCUGAGAACGCACAACGACUAUACCACUUAGCUAAGAAUGACGUGAAUAAUCAAGUCAAUAAACGGCAUCUAGUUAGUUAGCAUAUAGUUAAUAUACUGGCAAGUUCGAUGUAUUAGUAGCCAAGUAACGUUAGAGCUAGUUAACAUACCGCUACCUACUGCUGUAAUGAUAUUAAAGGUUGACCGAAUCCAAUUUUUCAACACCGAUACGGAUUAUUGGAGGACCAAAAAAGGCCUAUACCGAUUAAUCGGCCGUUUUUUAUUUUUUAUUUUAUG